AUGCGUGACAGAGCGGUGGCGGUGAACAGCUCAGUCUCGGCGGUGGCGCGUGGAGGAGCUUCUCCUCCUCAUUCGAUCCCGGAGGACAGCGAAGACGUAGACGUCGGAGGAGAAAGCGGCGGCGGAGAGAGGCUAGACAAGAAUUUCGGGUUCGGGAAGAACUUUGAAGGAAAGUACGAGCUUGGGAAGGAGGUAGGGCGAGGGCAUUUCGGUCAUACUUGUUGGGCAAAGGCCAAGAAAGGGAAGAUCAAGGGCCAAACAGUGGCCGUCAAAAUCAUCUCUAAAGCUAAGAUGACAUCGGCUUUAUCGAUUGAAGAUGUUCGUCGAGAAGUGAAACUGUUGGAAGCUUUGUCUGGGCAUAGGCAUAUGGUAAAGUUCUACGAUGUAUACGAGGACGCUGAUAAUGUCUUUGUUGUUAUGGAGUUAUGCGAAGGUGGAGAGCUAUUGGACAGGAUUUUGGCGAGAGGUGGUCGAUACCCUGAAGUCGAUGCCAAACGUAUUCUUGUACAGAUUUUGUCUGCAACAGCAUUUUUUCACCUUCAAGGUGUUGUGCACCGUGAUCUGAAGCCGGAGAAUUUUCUCUUUACCAGCAGAAAUGAGGAUGCAAUACUCAAGGUCAUUGAUUUUGGCUUGUCUGAUUUCAUUAGAUACGAUCAGCGUCUCAAUGAUGUUGUAGGAAGUGCGUACUAUGUUGCACCUGAAGUACUCCAUAGGUCUUAUAGCACUGAAGCAGAUAUGUGGAGCAUCGGCGUCUUAUGGCAUGAGCACUUACGUGCACUUCAUUAA